UAUGUUGAUAAACAAAGCAUGAUAAUGAAAUAACAUAGUUACUUCUGAUAAAAUUAAUAAGUACUUGGUUUAAGUCUAAUUUCACUAUUUAGUUGUCUUUAAUUUGUUAACAAAUAAUAAUGCUUGCACCAGAAAUAGGAUCCACCAACCCUGGUAACAAUGAUAAAACACCCCUUAUGAGGAGUGGUGUCUUCAAAAGAUUGUCAAGUUUAGUUGGGGGAGUUACUGAAAGACAUUAUGAUUCAGGAUAUGUCGAAUUUGGAAGUCUUAAUGAGGCAUCAGAUCUUCGAACUCUUGGAACAUUUGCAGGUGUUUUCAGCCCUGUUACUUUAUCGAUGUUUUCAGCUCUGAUAUUCUUGAGAGUUGGUUUUAUUGUGGGAAAUGCUGGAUUAUUGACAACACUUUUACAGUUUGUUAUUGCAUAUAUUAUUCUCAUAUUUACAAUAACGUCAAUUUGUGCAAUAUCUACAAAUGGGGAGGUUGAGGGAGGUGGUGCAUAUUUCAUGAUUAGUCGUACUCUUGGACCAGAAUUUGGAGGUUCAAUUGGUACAUUGUUUUUUCUAGCAAAUAUUGUGAGCAGUGCCCUGUACAUUUCAGGAUGUGUUGAAGGCCUCACACAAAAUAUAGGCCCUUCAGGCAUACUGGUAGGAAAAGAUAGUCCAGGAAUAAUCCCUGAUGGUUACUGGUACAGAUUUCUAUACUCUACUAUAUUAAAUACACUUAAUUUACUCAUUUGCCUUAUUGGAGCAAGUAUGUUUGCCAAAACUACUGUAUUGGUACUUAUCAUUGUUAUUGUAUGUAUAGGAACAACUACUGUUAGUUUUUUUAUUCAGUAUCCCAUGCAGGUUCAUUUGCCAGAUUCCAAUACAUUAGUGCAAAAUAUCACAUAUGGAAAUUACACUGGUUUGAGUUCUGUUACUCUGUCUGAUAAUUUAUGGUCAAAUUAUGGUAAGGAUUACACCUCCAAAGGAGAUGGGACAUCUUUUGCUGUAGUAUUUGGUGUUUUAUUUUCGGGGGUAACAGGAAUUAUGGCAGGAGCCAACAUGAGUGGUGAAUUAAAAAAUCCUGGUAAAUCAAUACCUAUUGGGACAUUAUCAGCUGCUGGAUUUACGUUUGUCGUUUAUAUCUGCUUAUCACUGUUAACUGCCGCCACAUGCGAACGUUUCCUAUUACAAAACAAUUACCUAUAUAUGGCUAGCAUAUGCGUGUGGCCUGUUAGUGUCGCCAUUGGUCUUAUAACUGCUACAUGGUCUGCUGCACUCAGUAACGUUAUCGGCUCUUCCCGCGUAUUAGAAGCUUUGGCCAAGGAUAAAGUAUUUGGUCCAUUAUUAAACUUUAUUCCCAAGGGUACAUGGCGUAGCAAUCCUAUUGCAGCGGUACUAGUUUCGUGGCUUUUAGUCCAGUGUGUUUUGUUGAUAGGUUCCCUUAACGCUAUAGCUCAAUUGAAUUCUGUCCUAUUUCUGCUUAGCUAUUUGGCCACCAACUUGGCAUGCCUUGGUCUAGAAUUAGCGAGUGCACCAAAUUUUCGACCAGCUUUCAAGUACUUCACAUGGCAUACAGCUCUGGUGGGACUUAUUGGUACGCUUAUAAUGAUGUUUGUCAUCAAUCCCAUCUAUGCUUCUUGCAGUAUUUUACUGUGCCUUACGCUGGUCGUUUUCUUGCACUUAUUUUCUCCGUCCAAAGAAGCUCAGUGGGGUAGCAUUUCUCAAGCAUUAAUUUUCCAUCAGGUAAGGAAAUACCUACUCCUACUGGAUUCUCGUAAAGAUCACGUCAAAUUUUGGCGGCCCCAAGUGUUACUUUUAGUGAAUAGUCCUCGAAGUGCUUGUCCUCUUAUUGAUUUUAUAAAUGAUCUCAAAAAAGGGGGUUUAUAUGUAUUAGGACACGUUAUAAAAGGCGAACCACACACUGACCCCGAUCCCGUCCAGGAAAUGUACCCCAAUUGGCUUAGUCUCAUUGAUCAUCUUAAAGUCAAAGCCUUUGCGGAAAUAACGGUUGCUCCAACAGUUCGAGAAGGGGUUCAACACCUCGUACGCUUAUCGGGUAUGGGUGCCAUGAAACCCAACACUGUUGUCUUCGGAUUUUUAGAUAAGGAAGAACCAAAAGACUUUUUAGAAAGGUUAGACAUACCUUCGCUUGAAGCGAAAAUAUUUAAACAAAAGUAUUAUAAGAAAACCAUAUUUACGUUUUACAGCAUAGAAUCGCCAUAUAAGAAUCAAAACUUUUCGAACUGCAUGUUCACAAUACCACCUGAAAACGGUUUAGAGCCUACUGAAUAUGUUAAGAUGAUAGAUGAUGUAUUGAGACUGAAAAAGAACGUGUGUCUUUGUCGAAACUUUUACAAAUUACAAAAAGACGCUUUUAAAAAUAGUAAUAAAGGGUAUAUAGACGUCUGGCCUGUAAAUCUUCUGAACCCAAAUGAAAAAGAUGCCUUUGAUAACACUUCAUUAUUCAUGAUGCAGUUGGCAUGCAUAGUAAAUAUGGUUCCCAAAUGGAGCAAGUUGACGUUGAGAAUUUGCGUGUGUGACGAGGUACGUCAGUCUUCAUUCACAGUUAGUUCAAGCUCAGAUACUAACACCGAUCGAUUGGAAAUUCAUAUUAAUAAACUGCAGUGUCUUUUGGAUAAGCUAAGGAUUUCUGCCAAAAUAUUUCCAGUUAACGGCUGGAAUCCAGUUAUCGAAAUUCAUGAGGUUGCUACCGAAAGUUAUUUGAAAAGUAUAAACCAACUUAUUUUGCAACAAUCUGGUGAAACUGCUAUUACGUUCAUUUACUUGCCUAUUCCACCUUCAAAACAAAGUUCUUAUACUUUCUAUUUGAAAGCCUUUGAAACCAUAACAAAAGAUCUCCCCCCAUCAGUUUUGGUGCAUGGAAUAAACACCGUAACUUCCACGACUCUUUAGGCAAAUUAAUUACUUGAGUAUUUUCAUUUUUAUUACAAUUUAGUAGAAUAUUAAUGUUUAAUAUGUGUUUUAAUUUUAAGAGACAUU